GUCCGAGCGACGGCGAGGGGAGAGGCGGGCGCGGGGGGGGGCGCCCUCGCCCCUGGCUGCCACGAGCCGCCGUGGUUCCCUUGCCGGCCGCAGCCACUUGGCUGACAGAGACGCUCGUUGCUCCGCCUCGCCAGCACUCGCACGGGAGCCCGAGAGCCGACGGAGCCUCAGGGAUGCCGGCCGCUUCCGCUCGCCGCAGCGGGCUGGUGCCCGCCUCGCUGGUCGCGGCGGCCACUUUGGCCUCCGUCUCGCGCACGUUCGUCGCGCCGCGGACGCCCGCGGCGCGCUCCGGGAGGACGGCCGCGCGGGGCUUCAAGGAGGACUUCGAGGCGUGGAGGGGGUCGCUGACGCCCGAGGAGAGCACGAUGCUCAAGAAGCAGGCGGCGGGCGAGUUCAACAAGAAGUUCCGCAAGUCCGACGAGUUCAAGAAGGACCUGCCGGACGAGAAGGUGCAGUCUUUCUCGAAGAUUCUCGGCAAGUUCUUCGAGGCGGAGGCCGACGACUACAAGAAGGAGCCGGGGUCUGAGGCCCCAGACCCUGACGGCCUGCUGUUCAAGGGCACCGAGUCCAAGAUGGACUUCAGGCUGAAGAGCCGGAUCGUCGAGAUCGACCGCGACGCGGAGCGCCGCUACCAUUUCGCCGCGUUGAGGACCACGCACGCCGCGUACAGGGGGGAGUUCUGGCCGAGCAGCUCCCCGAUGAAGGACGUGUACUAUUUCCAGAACAAUGACACGGACUCGCACGACAUGUUGGUGAAGGCGGUCGAGAAUGCGGGGGUUCCUGUGGAGGUCCCCCCGAUCGGCGAGAAGUUCAGCCUGGUCCUUCCCAGAUGCCUGUUUCAGGAUAUCAACGAGGUCGGCUCCAAUCUCAUGGCCUGGAAGGAGCAGUUUGGCGUGUCGGAUGACGACUACAAAGAGGCUGUGGAGAAGGAGAAGUCUGGCAAGAAGAUGCCCCCGCUGGAUGAGGAGUUUCUGGCGGACCUCGAGCAGAUUCCUGCCGUGGACGAGGUCUCCUUCAGGCACCCCUGGGGUAUCGCAGACAAGCUGUACAAGUCGGAGGCCAUCGACGCCUUCGGCUUCAAGUACUUGCUGGGCGUCUUCGAGACCGUUCCGGAGGCCGAGGCGGCCUUCGACAGCUGGAACGCCGAGUUCGAUCAGGCGCGCGCGGACAUGGAGAACGAGCUGGGCCAGUGGAGCAAGCAGGAGCAGGCGCGCCUCGACGCAGACACCGCCGGCCAGGAGGCCAUGAAGGUCGUGAUGGAGCAGGGCAGGGUGCGGGCCGCAGGCAGACUGGGCGACACGUACACUGGAAGAUUGGGCGCCCUGAAGGUGGAGGGACCCCUGGACGGGAAGGCCAGUGGCUGCAUACGGGAGAAUUGCUGGUCCAGGGGAAGGUGCGGCACGUGGCUCCCUCUGGGGGGCACAGCUCGCGAGCUCGACCACGACGCCAAGCUGCUUCUCCUUGCGGAGCACACGCUCUCGCUGCGGGGCCGACCUGCUGGGGCAAGCUGCCUGGAGGGCCUGUCGCUGACGCCGGAGGUCGCCUUCCCUGCGCAGGAGGGAAACCGCCGCCCGCCUCGACAACGCAGAGGACGCUGGCAAUGCCCAACGAGUCGGGCUCCAAGGGCCUUUCGUUGGACGAGUACGCCUUCAAGCUGCUGGGCACGUCCACCGAGGGCGCGGCUGCCGACAGGGCGAGGCAAGGGGCGGCGCAGGACAGACGCGGCGACUUUCAGAACAAGGCCGCGGCGACCGCGGCGGAGCUGCUGGCGGCCUUCGAGGGCGACUUCCUGCUAUCCUUGAAGGGAUCGCUGGAGACUAUCGGGCCUUCCCUGGACAGCGACGAAGCCUUCAUGGGCCACAUCCAGCGGUACGAGCGAGCUUUCCGAAGAGCGAAGAGGAGAUCUUUCUGGAGCCGGACAACCUGGCCUGAUGGCGCUGUCUCACCGAGCUCUGUUUCUUCUGCCCCAUUGCCAUCCUAGUUUCUAGGAUGUGCUAGAGAUGGCUCAGACUACUUAGGUAGAUCGACUGUCUGGUGCUGUUGUCUCACCAAAACAGGAGCGCGGCGCGUGGCGAAUGCCUUUUCUCGCGUGGGUCGUGCUGCCGUCGGGAGGAUAGCGAAGCUGGAUGGCCAAUUCUUUUUCUGGCGGAAGGGGUAAGGCACCUCAGCAGUGUGCCCCCAGCCGCCGCCUGGACUGAAGGCUGGCUGUGGCAGGGAUCUGCAGGCGGGUUCUCGCAGCAAA